UCGGCUGUGAGCAUGAACCUGCGCGUGGAGCUUCCAGCGCGCUCAUUUUUCAGCACGCGCCGUUCAGUCCAGAGCCGCACAGCAACCUCUGGGGGAGAUGUUGAGAUCACACAGGUUUUACGAGGAAAUGACAUUGGGGAGACCUCAGCGAUGGAAACGCGGUAGAACUGGGAGGGAGAGUUUAAGAGAGGAUGGAGCUGCCAUAUUGUAUUAUGGGAGAUGCCCAAAGACCAACUGGGUCGGUGCGAGAUUUUUUUUUUUUUUCUUGAGGCGUGGGUGGCAGGAGAUGUGAUCUGAGGAACAAGCGGGAGACAGUUUCUAACAGGGGACUAUCCCAUAAUUUUAAAGAAGACGCUGGUGGGUUUAAGCCGGGCUGUGGCUAGGCACUGUGGCUGCGGUGAAACGGGUAAGGGGCUCUUGGAAUACUGCACGGUUGCCCUUGGGGAAUUAUGUCAUCGACCUUUCUGCUCUCACACUCAGGGUGUGGAUGGAUGGGUAGGAACACUUGGGUUUAUUCCUUCGAUGAGUCACAAAAACAACAAACCAAACAAACCCAACAACCAAACAAAACCGAAACAAUCAAACAAACAAACAAACAAGAAAAGGGAACUGAACCCCAGAAACAAAAACCCUAAUAGUUAGUUCCCUGCCUAACAGGUUCUCCUUAGCAUUGUCAAUCCGAACCCCAAAAUUCUGGUAGCUUUUUUUGUUGGUUUUUGAAACGUCUCCAACGAUUGGUCAACAGCUUUUCACAUUAAAGACACAGAGGACACCCCUGGCUAGUUAGCCAGUUGCCUGCCGCCGGACUCUGGAAUGUUAGGCCAGUGGUUGCCAUAGCGACCGGGCGGGAGGGAUAGAUUGACUAGUUAGGAACCAGUUCCUGUUAAGGGACCGGUCCUUGAGGUCUUGAGGAGGAUUCCGCGCACUCCAUGGGACACCCACGGAGACCUCCAUACUCCGGGAGAAGCUGACAGCAUUAAGUCACGCAAUGUAUCGCCGAGAACCUUCCCUCAACAUCAGACCUUGGCUUCAUCUGAAUGGAAAGAAGAAAGUAUUUGAGUCCUAAGCAAACACUUUGAGGAUAAUGCCAAUACUAGGAAGUAAAAAGAGAAGCAGGGUCGACAAGAUGGCUCAGCAGGGAAAGGUGCUUGCUGCCAACCUGGUGACCUGAGUUCAAUUCCAGGGAACCAUACAGUGAAAGAAGAAAGUAUUUAGAAGGACGCGAGGCUGUGGUUCUCAAACAGACGGAACAUGUCCCAGAAAUUUGCUAACUUGGACAACGUUGUCCUGAGGGCAGACCUUGACAAACCUAAGAAGCACGCCGACAGAGUUCAGAAAGGUUUUACGGCUGCAUACCCAACUCAGUCCUCCAUCCCUUAUAGACACAGGACGUCAAUAAUCCCAGAAUCAGAAAAAAAGGGAUUUAACAGCCAAGCCAGGAGAUUUUAUAGCAAAAAGGAUGACGUCCCGGGCCCUGGGUUCUACAAUGUCAUCCACCAGUCUCCAGUGUUCAGCAGUGCCUCUCUUUCCAAGAGAGGAACGUGCACUUUUCCCUCCACGUGUGCCCGGCUGGGCCCCAUCAUUUCUAAAAAUCCCGCUGCCAACGCGUAUACCAUCCGGUCAGACUUGGCUUCCAAGAAGGACUUCAGCAAUUCCUGUUCCAGCAUGUUCCAGCUGCCAAGCUUCAUGAAAGUGGAAAAAUCUGAAACCCCUGCCCCAAACCAUUACAAUGCCUCCAUCGCCUCCUGCAGACAGAAAAACAAUGUCUGCGCUCGAGCCGGGUUUCUGUCGAAAACGCCGAGAGGAUUCAUACCCUCGUCGGCAUCCGGAGGGCCAGCACCAGGGCAUUACAAUGUCAACGAGUCCCUGGUGAGGCAAUCGCCAAAGUUCUUAAUGUCCUGCUUCAAAUCCAGAACUGGCCGUGGAUUAAAGCCGACCUCAAUAGGCCCGGGACCCGGUUACUACAACCCGAAUGAUCAAACCAAGAUUCUGAAAAAAUCUUACUUCCCGAAAACUACACUCCUGAACUUUUCUGCCCACCCUCUGCCCCUGCCUCCGAAGCCACCCCUGCCUGGCCCUGGUCAGUAUGAGAUCGUGAACUACGAGGGACCCCCAAAGCACUUCAUCUCCAGUGCAUCGUUUGUGUCCAACACCAGCCGGUGGCCAAUGAAGUCAUCCAAACCAAACCUUCCCGGCCCAGCCACGUACAAGCCAGAGAUUCCAGGGAAGCAAUCCUUCCUCUACAAUGAAGACAACAAAUGGGUCCCUGCGGUCUAGUGAUGCCACAGGAGCAGAGGGAGAGAGAGGCUCAGCUCGCCAGACCCCCUGACCCUGCUCCUCAAGACAUCUAUCAACAGAACACCCAGCCCAGGGUCACAUACUGUCUGGAGCUGCCUUCUGGAGACUGGCCACCCCUGCCCCUCCCAUAGCCCCCCUCACCCACCCCAGCAGAGCUCUCUGGCUACCUCUGUGUCAGCCUCUAAGCUGGUUCUGAUGAUUCUCCUUCCCAGAGAUCAGGACUUUUGGAGCACUGACUCUAAUGUGGAGCCCCAGUCUCCUGCUAAGGCAGUCUGUGGUCAAUUAGAAGCAAGUCAGCCAGGGUGCCGAGGCCCUGUCCUCCAGAUUGUCCUUGUCUUCUGGGUGGCAGGAAGGCUCAGAGGUGCCUGCAGCAGAGGCACCUCUGCCCUCAGCUAUGCCUUGUUAUUACACAGCAAGAACAUGGAAACUAGGCAUGAAUCACUCAUCACACAUCAGCAGGCUAGGCAGAGCCUCUAGCUGGAGCGAGAGGCAUGGCGCCACUGUCCCCAGGGCAUGGAGGACUUAUGGGUCCCCUGCCUUCAUGUUCUCACUUCCCAGUCACUUGCCUCUGCCCGGUCUCUGUCACCUUCCUGCCUUCCCACUCUGAUUCUGGGUAGGGUAAGAAUCAGUUACUAAGUUGGACGGUGUCCCUGAGAGAUCAUGGCUUGUGGGAGAUCUGACCAAGAACGAAGAUGAAAUGUGCCUUCCCUUCCUGCUUCUCUCAUCUCCUCCCACCCUCCCCUAUCCCAGACACUGAUAAUGUCUGUCACUUUCCUAAAUGACAUCCUCAUAGCCUCCCCUUCCCUCCUCUGGCCCCUGAUUGCCUUCCAAAACACCUGCCUGGGCUUCUCUCCUCCCAAGGCCCCUUCCUUGACAUUUUCUGAGAACUCUGCCUCCUGGGCUUCCCAUCUGGACUGGCUGCCUGACUGGCUCUCUUCCUGGGGUGGGGGCGGGGGGCAGACAUGAGCAAGGAGGAGGGAAGGGACGAAGAGACAGAUUCAAUUAAAUGGAAUUCUUGCUUCUCA